AUGAACAGACCCUUGUCUCCCCCGGCCAAGUUUUUUUUUGAGCUGGGAUUCUUCGAUCCAGGCAACUCAAAGUGGUACCUGGGAAUAUGGUACAAGAAAAUCCCUGUUAAAACAGUUGUUUGGGUUGCAAACAAAGACAACCCACUUUCAAACUCAUCCUCCGGCACCUUCAAGAUCAGUGACCGUGGAAACAUCGUUGUCGUCGACGGUGUUGGGAGCGUACUUUGGUCGUCCAAGAAAACCCAGGAAGUUGUUAAUCCAGUUGUACAGCUUUUAGAUUCAAGAAAUCUUGUGGUCCGAGAAACGAGCGAAAUCGACCCCGAAAAGCAUCUAUGGCAGAGCUUCGAUUAUCCUACAGACACUCUAUUACCGGAUAUGAAGAUGGGGUCGAACUUCGACUCUGGUUUCGACUGGAACCUGACUUCUUGGAAGAGCUCGGAGGACCCUUCAACGGGAGACUACUCAUUCAAGUUAGAUGUCCAUGGAUUUUCGGAAAUUUUCUUGCUCAAGAAUCAAGAACCAAAGUACCGGAAAUGGCGCCUUUGA